AUGUUAUUAGCUGAUAGUUUAAGAUUCCUUGGUUAAUCUAAUGAAGCAAUCAUUUGGACAGAUAAAGCAUUGAAAGUAGAUCUAAGGCUUUGUCCUUAAUUAUUUACUAAAUGUAUGAUGAUAUCUAAAUGCAUUAGCUGAAGAUUAAAAUAAUUUAUAAUAAAAUUGCCUGGUCAAAAUAAUGAAGCAAUCAUUUGGGCAGAUAUUAUGAGUAGAUCCAAAGUAUUUCCUUCAUUAUAUACUAAAGGUAUCUGAUAUUUAUUUAUAAGAAGGUGACUCAUUAAAAAGAUUGGGAAAAGUAUACAGAAGCCUUAGAAGUGAUUGAGCAAUGUCUAAAAAUAAAUCCAAAUCAUUUUGAUUUAUUAGGAGGAAAAGGUCGAUUCUACUUACUUUUAAAUUUAUAGGCUAUUGUUUACAAAAUUAGAAUCAAUUUGAAAAGGCCAUGCUAUUUUACAACAAAGCUAGAGUGAUUAAUUCUAAUGAUUUAUGUACUAUAAAUAGAAAAAGUAUUUUAUUCCUAAUAAUACUAAUCAGAUGA